GUACGCUAUCCGGAUCCUUAUCUUCUUAUAGCAGGCUGCAUCGAUAGUUUCAAUCGGUAGUCAAUAUACGAGAUAUAUUACCAAUACUUGGAGAUAUAACUUAUUAUGCAGACCAUGAUUAUGAAGUUCCCAUAUUAAUCAUACCACUGCCUAUCAUUGCACCUCACAAGCCAGCCUUGGUAGCAUAGCCCAUACCGUCGCAACUGGUGGAACUAAGCUCCGGCAAAGCAGUCGAAAUGGGCUCAGCAUCAAGCUUCGCCAAGACCAUUGUCAUCCCAGCUGCCAUCUCCCUGGCGCUCUACCUUCUCUUGUCGUUCCUUAUAAUCCCUUUCUUCCGUCGCUAUCACCAACGAUAUUCACAAUAUCUUCCCUUACACACCAUCUCUGCACAUACUUCUACACUACGGGACCGUAUCGCUGAUGCAAUGAUGCGUCUAUUCCUACCGGCAGCAUGGCGACAACAAGCACGGUUUGACGACCAACACGAUAACAUUAGUAUCUUUGACGAAGAAGGAGAGAUCAUGGUCGGGAUGGAUAUGGAUCCUGCACGAAGGGAGGCCCUGGAACGACGGCGCAGUACUGUUGCCGAAGCAGAAAGUCGACUCAGUCGUGAGCUAGAAGAAGGGUUUAUGGACGACAGUGAUGAAGAGGGAGAUGGUCGACAAGGUUCAAGAGGGCAUUGAUAAUUCUUUCGUAGACAUUUACAGGUCCGUAUGGCGUCUGGAACGGUUUAAACAAGAGCAAUACCUGCGACCACGUCCGCUGCACCAACUAUCAUCUCCAACGUACCCUUUCUGUAUUUCGUGACAAUCUGAUUCCAGGCCGUAAGCUAGCCUUGUAGACGACACUUCCCGGACCUAGCGGAAAGUAGUAUUCGGUAUGCCCUGCCAAGGGAACGUCAAUCGCAAUACAACUUGAGAUAAGGCCAUUCAUUCCAUUAACGCCGCGCCAUAGCAUCGGUGGCCCAUAAUAUGUAGUAGGUACCACUGAUACUAUAUAGUGAGCGAAGAGAAUAGAA